CAGGGCGGAUGCUAGAAAUGGGCAAUGCCCGCACUGCUCCGAGCUGCUCCCAGCCCUAGCUCAGUAACCCUAAAGACUAACUAUAUAAACCCCUGUUAUCUCGAAGCAACUCCACCAGCUGCGCCUCCCUCUCUCUCUCAUAUCUCUGAUCUCCAUUCUCGUUGAUCACUGACCCGACCGAUCACAGAUCACUCCAUUCUCUCUCACUCACCAGUUUCGUUGAGAUCUCUGUCUCAUGGAAGAAUCGCCUGAGAUUCCGAAAUUAUUUGAAUCCAUUCCUCGUAUACCAAAAUUCGAAAGUUUUAUUGAUUUUUUGACGAAUGAACAGAUUGACCUUAUUAUUCGAAAGGCAAGAUUUCGAAGAUUCUUGACUACUAGUGCGUCGUCGACUACUUAUAAUCUUGACCAAUGGUUGUUGCAUCAAAAACGAUCUUGGCAUUGGAAUAUAGUUACUUACUCUGGCAACAAAAUAACGGGAUUUGAUGAAGAUGGAAAACACAUUUUAAGACAAAUAGCUCACAAUCUACGGAGUCUUCACCUUGGAGGCUAUUACUGUGGAUCUCUAUUCAAAAGCAUCUGUAUAAGUCAUGGUUUGAAUAGUCAUGAUUUGAAUGCAACAUUUUCUACCCUUCCUGUUAAGGCGAAAAAUGAUGAUGAUCUGAUGCAAGGUAUUAUGAACGACACACUACAGUUUAGAUCCCUUGUGGCAAAGAUUAUCGAAAUCGAAUCGAGGGAUAAAAAAAAAGGGAGUCUGUCUAUGGGUAUAUUAUUAUUUUUCUCAGAAAUUUUUAAGGAUAGGCUUAAAUCGAAGGAAUUACAAGAGGUGAAAGACUAUAGUUUUUGGCAAAUGUUUCAUCCCGUCUUCUUCGAUUCCAGUAACCGCACUAAUUUUAUGCACUUGAUAGCUCAAUACCGGGAGAUAAAUUGUGAUGCGUUUGAUAAAAACUUAAAUCUGUGUGAGUUUGAUGAAAACUUAAAUCUGUGUAAUGACGCAUAUGAGCUAGCUGGUUGGACUGACAAAGUUUCUAAAAAAAGUUUGGUUUAUGAAUUUUUGACGCGCAAUUCCCAUUUAAAAGGACCUCACUAUAUCAAUAGUAUUCCAACGCUUAUUCGGAACACGCUCGUGCACUUCAAGGAUGGCAAUGAGGGAAUGAAGCAGAAGGGUCAUGAAGAAAUUGAGAACGCUAUUAACAAGGAACUUCCAGAUAUUUGUGCUAAAUUGUUGGAUUGCCUUAUGAGGAAUUUGAAUCAUCCCCUAGUUUCGUUGGAUGCAGGCUGGUUGACCUCUUCGAGAGUAAGCCUAUGGGACUCUAUACACGACCAUAUGAGGUACACGAAAUGAUGAAAGGAGGGUGAAUCGCAUUGGAAGUGCAGAGGCUAUUUUGGAGAUGUAGUCCAGAAAGGUGUUUUUUUUUUUUUCAUGUACAAAUUCUAAAAACGUUAUAGGCUUCAAAAUUAUGCAUGUUCAUUUCCACCGAGCAUGUUGUAAGGGAAAUUAUCUAAAUUCUCACGUGACGCUACUUUUUCAAAAUUAUGCAUGUUCAUUUAUUAGGGAAAGUCUCUGGCGAGAAGAGAAGUGUCCAACAAAACUACCAUUAGCUUAAGACUGAAGAGUUUGAGAGUCUUCUACUCUUCUUUAGAUUUUAGAGUUUUAAUGUAAAAAUAUGGGUGUAAAAAAUUGUUAGUCCUACUUAAUCCUUCCAUACAACAUAGGCUGAGUCUAAGACAUUCCCCACAGUUAUACAAGUCUUUAGAAGCAUUAGAGCUAAUGUCUAAGAGCAUUCAUAACAGUUAUCCUAUAGUUGCUUCUCUUCUCUAAAGUACUUUUAUUGUUCUUAUAAUUACAUCAUCAAAAAAAAAUUACUCUUAUAAUUACAUGAUGACAAACUUUAUUCUUCCUUACUCCAUAGGCUGAGUGCAGGGAUGGAGGGAGUGGGUACUCGUAUAGGCCAUAGGCCCAUAGCCCCCCCUCAAUUCCUAAGCAGAAGAAAGUUACAAGGUAUAAUUUUUUUUUUUAGCCAACUGGUCCUUAGUAAUAAUUUUUUUUAGCUCCUAACCCCUACCUGUAAUAAUUUCUGACUCCGUCUCUACCCCCGAGUAGAAAUAGAAGUAAUAUAUACACCUAUAAUUUGCUCACAAUUACUCACUAAAAGCCCCAAAAGGACAGCUGUUGUGGAACUAGCCCAUGCUCCCAAGCCCACUUCUUAAAUUUCUGAUUUUGUUGGAAGCCCAACAGCUAUUUAAUUCCUUAUCUUUCGUUUGAAAUCUUAUGGACUGAUCACUGAUGUGAUAUAAUGGUAAAAGAAAAAACUUUAUUUAUUUCAUAAUUAUCAUAAACAAGAAAUAAGAAACAUUGUACAAACGGUCCUAUUUCCUACGUUGUCAUCAUGAUUGCUUUGUCUUACUAAAAUGUUCUAAUGUUGGCACGAUUGUGGAUUGGGGGUAGAUUCCUUUUAGAUUUCUGUGAGUCGGUGACACUACCUGCAAUAUUUGAUCUGUUUUUGUCUCAAAGAGAUGGUGCCACUGAUUUCAAACAAAGUAGCCUUUCAGGCAAAAUACUUGCAGAGUCGGCACCCAAUUUUGCUGGCCUUGGAGAACCAAUGCCCCGUAAGUCUCAUAUCGCAAUUGAGGGUUGAGAAACAAGGGACUUGUUUACUUGUUUUUCUGAGACAAGGAGAAAGGUCUAGCUACUAGUACAAUAAGGAGUUUAUAUUCUAAGUCCUAAUUUAUGUUAGAGUCCUUUAUUAAUUAGUCUUUUUAGUCCUUCUUUUACUUUAAUUUCUUAUCUUAUAAAUAAGAGAUUGUUGUUGUAGUUUAUUUUAAAUAAAGAAUUAUUAAGCAAAAGCUUGUUUGUGGUUUGCUUCCAACCCUAAUUGGAUUUAAUUAUGGUCUCUCUUACCCGAAAUGAGUUAUUGUGGUUUCUCCUACCUGAAAUGAGUCAUUAUUAUCAAUAAAUUUUUAUUAUUAGUUGUGGGUUCCAUCAGCCUCUCUCUUUCUCAUGAUUUUCAAGAU